AUGGCUGUGAGAACGGGUGGGACAGGAGAAGCGCAGCAGCGUGACAAACUGGCAGUGAAACACCUAUUCUAUACUGUCUUGUACCCGUAUUACCUCGCGUUUUUCGAUGAUAAAUCCAGAAUCGAGUUGCGGUUCGACACUCUGGUUAACUCGACUUUGACUGUGGGCCUCGACCUUGACUGCGGAUUGAGACCCACAGCCAAAGCAGAGUUGAGGGUCUGCGAGGUCGAACCUCAACUCGACUUUGGCUGCGGGUCUCGACUAGUAGGCGAUUUGCGUGUGCACUCGGAAAAAAAAUGCAUAUACCGUAUUCCCUCGCAAAAUUGGACUUUGGGUGUGGGGUGUAGCAAAGAUCCACAGCCAAAGUCCAGUUUAAAGUACCUAAUCCUUAACAUGGUAUUUUACUCCAUACUCAAAGUCCAACUUUGCGAGGGAAUACGCUUCUUAAUCAGAACUCGCAAGUUUGCAAGAACUCGCAAGUUUGCAAGAUUUCGCAAGGUUGCAAGAGUAAUUUCAGAACUCGCAAGUUUGCAAGGUUUGUGCAGAUUCAACGCACGAUCCCUGACUUUCAAGAGACUUGUGGACCUUUAUAUGAAUACGCAUAGGAAGAGUUAG